CCACCCAACACAGAGCAGCCUCGACUGCUGUAUUCAGAGAUCCCCGCUCUCUCCUAGUUCCUGUUUCCGCCGCAGCCUUUUCUACAAAAAAAUAUAUAUAUAUAUUUCUGGAGCAGCAAAUCUCGGCUGCCGCAGCGUCAGACCCAGCCUCCGCAGCCCCGGUCGGAUGCCGCUGGAAGCCCUUGUAUCAUGUCAAGACUGCUGACCUACACUCUAACAGCUACUCUGUGAACAUGACAGACUGCCAAACAUCAGGAUCAUCGGCUUACAGAAAAUGACCUACCGACUGCUUGGAUCCGCAGGUCGCUCUGCGCCCCUCAUAAUUCAACACAGGCAGACAAGAGCUCCGGGAGUCAACGCCAGGCGCUCCAUGGGUGGUAACCAUAGCAACGGCUUCUGCGUACUACUGGGCUCGAUCCCGUGAAGCUGCCGCGGUUGUUCUCGGAGUCAUUUCUCAGGACACAACUCUAAUAAAAGAAUCCUGUGGGACAGGAAGGAAACAGCAAGACUGUGUGGGACAAGGUGGUCAACACGGAGCUGGGUGGAGGGGAGAAGACACCAAUCGGGCUGACAAAACGCAGACUUCUGAGCAUGCUAGCCAUGCUUUAGCACACACAGGAAAGGCUGGUUGAUUGCUGGAGAAACACUCGCUGCCUUUUCUUAAACAUUCCUGAGCCACAAGUGCACGCAUCUCCCUGUCAUCUGUAAUUCACUGUACACCAUCCCUGCAAAGAUGCCAAUGCCAAGAUUGGCGCUGUGGCACUUGUGGUGACGAGGGCACAGAGCGUGUGGGCACAUCCGGCAGGCAAGCCGGUGGGUCGGUGGGUGUAAAGGCACACCAAGAGGCAUUUUUGGGUGGGUGGGGUUGAAACAUGCGGCCCUGGGCGGGUUCAUGGCGUUGGAUUACCCUGGUGCUGUUGGCCUGGGGCACGCUCCUCUUCUACAUCGGCGGUCACUUGGUGAGGGACAGCGAUCACCCGGAGCGGUCCAGCCGGGAGCUCUCCAAGAUCCUGGCCAAGCUAGAGCGGCUCAAGCAGCAGAAUGAAGACCUGCGGCGCAUGGCCGAAUCGCUCAGGAUACCAGAGGGUCAGGCAGAAGCCGGGUCCUUGGCUGCAGGGAGGCUGCGCUCCCUGGAGGACCAGCUAACCAGAGCCAAACAGAAGAUCCACAGCUUCCAGAAACUCACUGGAGACGGCCCUGGGCCCACUCAGGAGGAGAUGCGGAGGAGAGUGGAGAACGGCGUUAAGGAGUUCUGGUACUUUGUUCGCAGUGAGGUGAAGAAAUUGGCCAACGUUGAGCCCAGCGAGAGGCAGAAGUACGCAGACACGCUCCUGUUGGACCUGGGACACCAGGAGAGGUCCAUCAUGACAGACUUGUACUACCUCAGCCAGGCGGACGGAGUAGGCGAGUGGAGAAUGAAAGAAGCUAAAGACCUGUCGGAUCUGGUCCAGAACAGAAUCACCUACCUACAGAACCCCCCAGACUGCAGCAAGGCGAGAAAGCUGGUGUGUAACAUCAAUAAGGGCUGUGGUUAUGGCUGCCAGCUCCACCAUGUUGUCUACUGCUUCAUGAUCGCUUAUGGCACCCAGCGCACGCUCAUCCUGGAGUCCCACAACUGGCGCUACGCCCCCGGUGGCUGGGAGACCGUCUUCCUGCCUGUUAGUAACACCUGCACCGACCGCUCUGGGGCCACCACCGGACACUGGUCUGGAGAAGCCCAUGAUAAGGACGUUCAGGUUGUGGAGUUGCCUAUAGUGGACAGUCUUCACCCUCGGCCGCCCUACCUGCCCCUGGCAAUCCCUGAGGACCUGGCCCCACGCCUGCAUCGUCUGCACGGUGACCCCUCUGUCUGGUGGGUGUCCCAGUUUGUCAAGUACCUGGUGCGGCCACAGGCGUGGCUGGAGAAAGAGAUCCAACAGACCACCGCCAAGUUGGGCUUCAAACACCCCAUCAUCGGAGUCCAUGUGAGGAGGACAGACAAAGUGGGGACAGAGGCGGCCUUCCACCCCAUUGAGGAGUACAUGCUGCAUGUGGAGGAGCAGUUCCAACAUCUGGCCAGACGUGUCCACGUCGACAAGAAACGGGUUUACCUGGCCACUGACGACCCCUCUCUGCUGCAAGAAGCCAAGACCAAGUAUCCAGACUAUGAGUUCAUCAGUGAUAAUUCCAUAUCGUGGUCGGCAGGCCUUCACAACCGAUAUACCGAGAACUCACUCAGAGGAGUCAUCCUGGACAUCCACUUCUUGUCUCAGACUGACUUCCUGGUCUGCACCUUCUCCUCACAGGUCUGCCGUGUGGCCUAUGAGAUUAUGCAGAUGCUGCACCCAGAUGCCUCCUCCUUCUUCUACUCCCUGGAUGACAUCUACUACUUUGGAGGUCAAAACGCACACAACCAGAUUGCCGUCUACCCCCACCAGCCACGCAACAGUGAGGACAUUCCCCUGGAGCCCGGUGACGUAAUCGGUGUGGCCGGCAACCACUGGGACGGGUACUCCAAAGGCAUCAACCGCAAACUGGGCCGCACUGGUCUCUACCCUUCCUACAAGGUCAAAGAGAAAAUCGAGACCGUGAAGUACCCAACAUACCCCGAGGCAGACAAACUGCUCAACUCUCAAAAGAAGUAAAUGAAGAAAUGAAAAAAAAUUAAACAAGAGAAGGACUGAGGAGAAACACGCAGACUCCGAUUCCAGGGAAGGAGGCUGCUUUUGUACAGAAGAGAGAGGCGUACUCAGUGCGCUAAGCUGAGAAGAAAUGAAAAGGCCUGUACCCAGGGGUGAUUGGGAUGAGAAUGCACUCUGUAUGUUUAUGGUAGAGCGUGUGUGUGUGUGUCUGUGUGCGCGAAUGUGCGUGUGUGCACUUGUAUAAUUGCCUGUGCAUAUGUCAGGUCAUGGAAGACUUGCACCCUACCACUACUCCCCCGCCCGAUGCUCCAACGUUGGGUCUGUAGAGAUGUAGACGUUGAACAUUGAUUUUAAAUAAAGCAAGAAAACAAUUAAAAUCCACACAACUGACCGAGCUCGCUCUUGGGAGACAAGACUGGGGGCUACUGUAAGACUGGUACACCCCAGAGAUAGCUUCGAAUCAAUGACUGAAAAAAAAAAUAUAGAGACAAACUGGAAAAAGGUAUUUUGAUUUUUAUUUAAUUCUUUUCGGUGUUUUUUGAUUUUAAUCUUGCCUUUUUUUUCUUUUUCUCCAGUUUUAUUUUUGUUUACUGAAUGUACUGUAUCCUCUUCUUGCCAUGAUCACCGCUGCACCUCCCCCUCUUCCUGCUUCACUCACUGUGCUUCCUCCAUCUUGUCUCUACUUGUGCAAUUAAUUUUAUAAUACCAUAUUGUGCUUUUAUCAAGUGUUUUUAACAGUCUUAAUUUGUGUGUAUGGGGCAUUGUGCAUUGUAUACUGUACAGUGUGUGUGUGUGUGUGUGUGUGUAUGGAUGGAUGUAUGUGUGUCCAAUCAAGUGUGCCUGUGUGCGCUAUUUUAAGUCUAAGGGGCCAAGUCACGACCUGGUGCCUGGUUAUUGGUGAGCAGUGUGUGUUUUUAUUUCUGGCUUUCCUCCCGACUGAAUAAUGUUUGUGUGGCCAGUGGGAGGCUGGUGGUGACAGUGGGGAUUGUCCUCAGCCCCCAGCACUUGGAACAAUGGUGAACUCCAGUCACUCCGCUGAUGACCUCUAGAACAAUGGUAAGAUUAUGUGGAGAAUGGUGAACUCAUGGUGCACGCACACACACAGACACAGGAGCCGUCCCAAGGCUCACCAAAAGAAGCACUCCACUGAGAUAAUGUCCUUUACAGACAUCUCUGCUGUCUGUUCUGUCCAUCUGUUUGUUUGUUUGUUUUUUUACUUUUAACAUUGCUGUUUUAAGAUAAAUGAGGAAAAAUAUGCUUAUGUUUGAAAAUGGUAAUGCUAUGUCAUAUCAAGUCCCCAUCAUGAAGGCUGUUUUUUUUUUCAUAAUUUAUGUUCUUGGGCAUUGUCUUUGAUAACCACAGAUCGAAUAAACUUGAGAAACCAACACAGUUUUUUUUCCCCA